CUAUCUACUCCAGUGAGAUUUUACAAGAAACCAAUCGAAAUUGAAAAAUAUUUUCCUUCACAAACAAGCCAGUAAAGCUAUUGAAAAUGUAUGAAGAGAGUAGCAGCGGUCGAAGUAUGGAGGGUAGCUUGCCUCGUUCGUCAGUAUUGAUCAAAAAGGAACUUCCAAGGCACAUGCCUUCCAAUAGAAACAGUGAAAACUCAAAAGCUGAACUGACAUUUUCCAUUGAGAAAAUUAUGGAAUUUACGCCGUCCAAGCGGACUAAUAAAGAUCUAUCUCCACAACAGCAUUUACACAAUAACCAACAUAAUAGCAACAGUAACGUGUGCAUCAACAACAAUCAUAGCAACAACAUUAACUCUUCUAACAAUAAUCAUAAUGUUCACAAUAGCAUCAUUAACAAUACCAAUAAUAUCGUCAACAAUAACAGCAACAACAACAUUCUUAAGGUCAGUGGACACAAUGGUUACAAAACUCAGUCGAAAAACAUCGAUUCGUUAUGGGUUCCAACAUCGGUGUUUAAUCCGUCAAUGCAUGGAUCUGCAUACGCGAGUAUCUUCUUUAAUACGGAUCUCCAACGACGGGCAGGCUUAAACUUAAUUAGUAAUCCUUCAGAUUAUAGGGACCCAGUUAUUUAUGCACCUUACCUCCAUCCAGCGUUUCCGUUACCUCGAAACGCUAACGUAAAUGAUUACCAGACACAAAUACUUAGGCAAUAUCCCUUUUUAUUUAAUUCGAACUCCAUCAGAAAAGACAGAAAUCUGGAGACUCUCAAUAUGUUUAAAAAUACAGGUUUUCAGGGAUUACAUCAUAAUGCAUCCAGAUAUUCGUCGGCCAUCGAUAAAAAUUUAAUUGUUGACGUAGGAGGUUAUGCCUGCAAAGAUUCCAUUAUCGGCAGUGGUGUAUCUGAGAAUGGUAUAAGCAGCGGGUGCUCCGUAAAUAGUAACAGCAUGAAUGGUAGUAGUGUAUGGAAAAGUCCACAAAGUCUAACACCAAAUGCACAUUGCUCUUCGUCGCAAAGAAAAUCUUUUAUCGAAAAUAGUAACGUUUAUUCGGAUGCUUCUGCUCUUCCAUUGGCUUUGACGCCGAACUCUACGAGUUCCAAGCAACAUGAGAGCUUAAACAGUUCUUGUAACUCUAGUCAGCAGGGAGAAGAUGGAAGAUCUAGUAUUAAAUCAACAAUUGCCGUCGGUUCACCGGACUCAGCUUUGGUAUCGCCGAAUAAUAUUGCCAAUACCAGCAACAGUUCUUCUCUGAUGGCAGGGCGAUCUUUGGUAGCAAAGAAAAACAGUUUAAAGACACAGAAGACGUUCACGUGCCCCGAAUGUGGCAAGAUUUUCAAUGCCCACUAUAACCUAACACGUCACAUGCCUGUGCACACUGGUGCUCGUCCAUUCAUAUGUAAAGUAUGUGGUAAAGGUUUUCGACAAGCCAGUACUCUGUGCCGUCAUAAGAUUAUACACACUUCGGAAAAACCACAUAAAUGCAACACUUGCGGGAAGGCCUUUAACCGGAGCUCCACGCUGAACACACACAUGCGUAUACACCAGGGUUACAAGCCAUUCGUCUGUGAGUACUGCGGUAAAGGGUUCCAUCAGAAAGGUAACUAUAAAAAUCAUAAAUUGACACACAGCUCCGAAAAACAGUUCAAAUGUUCUGUAUGCAACAAGGCCUUUCACCAGAUCUACAACCUCACUUUUCAUAUGCAUACCCACAACGAAAAGAAACCGUUCACCUGUCAGAUAUGCGGUAAAGGGUUUUGUCGAAAUUUUGACCUAAAGAAACAUAUGCGAAAAUUACACGAAGGUGCUUCACUUCCAUCUUCCGGUUCUUCGUUCGGCGGAAGACUAAUCAGUUCACCCGGGAAUGGUAGCGCUGGUUUGCAUCACAGUUCGCAUCCAAAUCUAACAAAUCCAGCACCAAACACAAGCAGUAUGCUAGCAGCAGCAGCUGCACAAUCCUCUCUUUCAAACCAAGCUGCAGCGGUGUUCUUUUCACGGCCGACAGCUCUUCUUUCACAGAAUCCUUUGACGUGUCAUCGUUCUUUGCUCUCGCCUCUCGUCCUUAAUUCCUCAGCCACCAGUCUAUUACACAAAAUAUCUUCUAUGAUAUAAUUAAACUCUCUUAGUUUGUUGGAAGUUUUUCUAUGUUUUUUUUAAAUUAUGUACUUUAAAUUUUCCAGCAUUUCAGUCCGUGAAUAAUUAAUUUAAAAGAAAAAAAAGACAAAGAUAAAUUAAAUAACAAAAACAAAAACAAAUGAUGAAUGUAAAAAAAAAAAAAAAACUAUUUUCAAACAUUCUAAAAACAAUUACAACAACAAUAAUAAUACUAACAAUAAUGACCAUAACAAAAACUCUCCCCCAAAACACAAAUGCAGAAGCAACAUCAAUAUGGCAGUGAAAUGAGAGUGAGAAACAGAAAUAAAAUACAAAGAUAUGCUGAUUCAUUACAAUAACUGAAAGAAGUAACUGUAGCAGCAGCAGCAGUAGUAGUUGUAGUUGUAGUAGUAGUAGUUGCAGUUGUAGUAGUAGUAGUUGCAGUAGAAGUGGUACUACUGUUAGUAGAAGACGAGGAAGAAGACUGCACAGAAGACAAGUAAAGGGGAAAUAGAAAAACAAGAGGCGAAGAACAGAAGAACAACAGGUAAAAAAGAAAGAAGAGAAAGGGGAAGGUGAGGUAAAAAGACGCUAGAAAGAGCAGCACACAGACUGCAGGUAUUUCCAAGAACGAAAUAUUGCUGUGGACGAGUUUAUUUGUUGCUCAAAAUACUCCUUGGGAUUACUUAACAUGGUUCUUCUCUUAUAUUACUUAUUUGGCAAAGAGUAAGGCUCUCUGGUCACAAUGAUAACGAUGAUGGUGAUGGUGGUGGUGGUGGUGGUGGAGGAGGAGGAGGAAAGGAAGAAAAGAAGGAAAGGAAGAAAAGAAGGGAAGGAAGAGGAGGACAACGAGUAGAACACUGAUGAUGAUGAUGAUGAUGACGAUGAUGAUGAUGACGACAACGAUGAUUUCAGCCAUGACGAAUACUAAAACGUUCAUCGUCGAGAUCAUUAUCAUCAUCAUCAUCACCGUCGUCAUCAUCGUCGUCGUCGACAUCAUCGUCAUCAUCACAAUUACCAUGACGUUGGCAGGAGACACGGCAGAAGUAAGACAACAAACAGGUUGUUGAUGGUGAUGAAGGUGACGACAGGGAGAGGUAAACAAAAAGCACGCGAUACGAGAACCUACUACUACUACUGCUGCUACUACUGCUACUACUACUACUACUACUACUACUACUACUACUACUACUACUACUACUACUACCACUGCUACUACUACGGUUACUGCCACAAUGAAAUGUGGCUCAAAUAUCAUUGACAGUAAAGAUGUGUGUAAAAUUCUGUAUACAAAUAUUAUAAAUAUAUAAAUAUAUAUAUAAAUGGUAUAAAUGAUUGGUUGAACAUA